AUGUUUACGAAUACAACAAGGCAUGAAGAACUCAAUGCAGAAUACAAUCUGGACAUUUUUACCUCUAAACUUGCACCGUUGGCUGAUAUUGCUGUCGGACUCGCCAUCAUGUCAAUAGUGAUACUGUCAGUGGCGGGAAAUGGAGUAGUGCUUGUAAUCUCUUAUCGCCGCCGAAGGAGGAUCAAUGGCUCAGAGCUGCUCUGUGUUAAUCUGGCAGUGGUUGAUUUCCUCUGCUGCAUCUGCUUCUACCCGCUGUCAAUCACGUCAUCCUUCAGUCACGUAUGGCUGGGACGUCACACAUCCUGUGUUUACUAUGGCCUAGGCUUGUGUGGCAUGUUCACUAUAGCUGCCAUCAGUGUCAUCCGUUACAUCAAGACCUGCCAUGCCGUGUGGAUAGAAGGAUCAGUUAUCUGUCUGGCGUGUGCAGUCACAUGGUUAACAGCAGCUGUUUGGUCAUCAUUACCGCUGUUCGGCUGGGGCGAGUAUGUGCCUGAACCGUAUGGCAUCUCAUGCACGGUGGCCUGGCGUCGCUACCACGCAUCACUGACGGAUGCAGUUUAUGUGAUUUGCACCUUCGUCUGCUUCGUGCUCGUCCCCAUGCUACUGAUCGUGAUUUUGCAGUGCAAAAUUCUGCUGAAGGUCUUCCACUUCACACGCAUACUCUCCGCAAAGGGCAUCCACAGCAACCUCCGGCAGGCAGAGAAACAGCUGUCUGUGAUGUUUGUGUGCAUCAGCAUGGGUUUCGUCAUUGCCUGGGCUCCCUACACCGUUGUUUCCUUCCUGUUUAUCUUCCACAAAGACGCGGGGUACAUGGCACCAGAGGGCUUCGUCUUUCCUGCGCUCUUUGCCAAAAGCUCCCACAUCUACAACCCCUUCAUUUACUUUUACUUCAACAGAGGAUUCCGACGGGAGCUCCGUAGCCUUCUGUCUUCGGUGUGGCAGGGGCUGGUCCCUAACCGUGUUGGAGUCUACAGAGGUCACAGUGUCAAUCCCAUCCAGUUUCAACUCCAGGAGCAGAAUGUGGACCCUGAACAGGUUCAGGACAAGAGUGACCGUAGGCCUGGUCUGUAUAGUCACGUAGUCUGCUGGGUGUCCAAGAUACGAGUGACACCAUCCACCAACCGUUUACCCACUUCAACUUAA